AGAGGAGAUGGAAACUGUUAUACCUGUGGACGUCAUGCGUAGAGCUGGGAUUGCUGUGACGUUGGCAGGAUUGACAGGAAAAGACCCUGUGCAGUGCAGCAGAGACAUCUACCUUGUUCCUGAUUCCAGCCUGGAGGAUGCCCGCAAGCAGGGUCCGUAUGAUGUGAUUCUUCUACCAGGGGGGGCUCUCGGUGCCCAGAACCUGUCAGAGUCCCCUGCUGUGAAAGAGGUGUUGAAGGACCAGGAGGGCAGGAAAGGGCUGAUUGCUGCUAUCUGUGCAGGUCCCACGGCGCUGCUGGCACAUGGUAUUGCCUACGGCAGCACGGUCACCACCCACCCUGGUGCGAAGGACAAGAUGAUGACUGGAGGCCACUACACGUAUUCGGAGGCUCGGGUCCAGAAGGAUUGCCAUCUGAUCACCAGCCGUGGGCCAGGAACCAGCUUUGAGUUUGCCCUGGCCAUUGUAGAGGAGCUCAUGGGGGCUGAGGUUGCUGCUACUGUCAAAGCACCCCUGGUUCUGAAAGACUGAGUGGUGUUGAGUGUCGCAAGCUGAAGCACUGCAAGCAGCAUGAUCAACUUCACCCCAACUACUCAGCACUGUUCAUUAUGAUACACAGGCCAAUCAUUGUGAUCAAAGAAUAAUGGUUGACAGGAUAAUGAAUGAUAGUAAUAACAUGGAUUUUAUUAUUGUCUCCUUCUCUUUCCUUCACUGGGAUAUGUUGCCCAGUGAAGACUAGUAGUUUAGAAUGUAGCCACAGCAUGAAAUAAAAAUGACAUUUGUGUUUCAUCAUCACACAGAGAAAAUAAUACAAAGGUUAUGGAUUAAUAAUCUUACUGAAUCGACAAUUAUAACAUUUAAUUGGUAACGUUACAGUGCUGCUACUGGUAGUCUCGGUCUACGAGUAGUAGUCUUCAGCAGUAUGUAGGUAGGCUAAACAGCAGAUUUGAGAGCUUAAAAUAAAUAUGAUUUUAAGGACUGGUAAAA